AUGGCGGAUGAAGCAGUGCUAACUCUCGGUCCAAAAAAUCCGACGUUGUUGGUGAAACAAAACAAACAUGUGUCGGGAUAUGUUUGGAACCAAACAAGUAAGAAAGUUUUGAAGCUGAGAUUACCCCACAUUCCUUUGAAUGGGGUCCCUCCACAAAUCGAACAAUAUAUUCGAUUGGCUGGAUUUUACGAGGCCGCUCUAUGUGGUUCUCUCAAACAAGACAAAGUGUUGAUAUCAGCACUGGUGGAGCGUUGGCGGCCCGAGACGCACACCUUUCAUAUGCCGUUUGGAGAGUGCACCAUCACUCUUCAAGAUGUUGCCGUUCAGCUGGGACUAAAUAUUGAUGGACAACCUGUUACCGGGGUGACAUGGUGUGACUGGUCUGAUCUCGUUACUCGUGCGCUAGGAGUCACUCCACCGCGACGUGCCAUUAGAGGAAGUUGUUUAAACUUGAAAUGGUUAAACCAGUGUUUUGAUUUUCAAAACCUAGGUGCACUUGAGUCGGCAGAAGCUGAAUUUGUUGCAAGAGCAUUCAUUUUGCGCUUGAUUGGCACUUUCUUAUUACCCGACCACUCGGGAUCACAUGUGCCUCUAAGAUAUCUACUACUCAUAGAGAAUUUAGCUAUGGCCUCCACAUACAGUUGGGGUUCGGCUGUGCUUGCAACUCUCUAUCAUGAGUUAUGCCAUGCAACCGGUUAUGAACGACAAGAAAUCGAUGGUUGUACUUAUUUGCUCCAAAUCUGGGCUUGGGAAAGGAUUCCAAUGACUGCCCCUGAAACCAUACCAAUAUUGCCACUCGGCUGCCCCCUCGCAGGAAGAUUCCACAUGCACGUCCCUUGUCUUAUUAGCAUUCGCAAGGAUGCUUGUGAAUGGCUACUGUUCAUGCUGGCAAAUGUGUCAUUCAGUGCUGAAAAGGUGUGA